AUGCGCUGCGCCGUGCUCGCCGUGCUCGGCGCGGCCCUCAGUGUCGUCGGCGGCGGCGGCGGCAGUGCGCGCGCGGCACAGCAGGUGCCUCUCGCCGCGGCGUCGCCCGCAGCUCCGCCAUCUGCCGCCUCCAUCGACGCCGAGGCACUGCAGCCGCGCCUGCACGGCCGCUUCCUGCAUCUCACCGACCUGCAUCCGGACCCCUUCUACCGCACGGGCGCGCGCGUCGCCGCGGCGUGCCAUGCGGAUGCGGCGGGCAAGAUGCGCGUGCGCAAGGGCAAGGGAGGAGGCGGCGAGAGGGAGGAGGAGCGCAGAGCGGGAUACUGGGGCACGGCAAAGAGCGACUGCGACUCGCCGCCGCGCCUCGUCUCGGCCUCGCUCGACUGGGCCGCCCUGCACUGGCAGGCGCCGCCGCGCGCCGCCGCCGCCGCCGCUGCCGCCGCCAACAGCUCGGCGCAGCCCGGCCUCGACUUCAUCCUCUGGACCGGCGACUCGGCGCGGCACGACAUCGACUCGCGCCACGCGCGCACGCGCGCCGAGAUCUACGCGCUCAACACGUGGACGCUGCGCCAGCUCGAGGCGCGCUUCCCGGGCGUGCCGCUCGUGCCGAGCAUCGGCAACAAUGACAUUUUCCCGCACAACAUCAUGUUUCCCGGCCCCAACGACAUCACAAAGGCCUACACGGCCCUCUGGCGCGACCACAUUCCCGAGGACCAGAUCCACACGUUCUACGUCGGCGGCUACUACGCCAAGCCCGUCGUGCCGGGCCUCGUGGUGCUGAGUCUCAACACGCUGUGGUUCUACGACUCCAACAAGGCCGUCGACGGCUGUCGGCGCCGCGCCUCGGACCCCGGCACGCGCCAUCUCGACUGGCUCGAGGCGCAGCUGGGCAUGCUGCGCAGGCGGCGCAAGCAGGCGCAUCUCAUUGGCCAUGUGCCGCCCACGGCGGGCAACUACUUUGCGCGCUGCUACGAUCGCUACACGGACAUCGUGCUGCGCUUCCAGGACACCAUUGUCGCACAGCACUACGGCCACAUGAACAUCGACGCCUUCUUUGUGCAGGAGGAGCCGCACGACUCGCUCGCCGCUGCCGCACGCACGUCGGAGGCGGAGGCGGAGGAGGAGCAGGCGGCGGCAGCAGCACCCACGCGCCUGGGCGCGCUCAGCAUCAGCGGCGACCUGCGCGACGACUACGCGACGCUGCCGGGGCGCGCCAGCACCAAUCUCGACCUCUACCACGCCUUCUUUGCCGCGCCGAGCAUCAUCCCGUGCGUAACGAUGUGGAUGGGAGAGGCAACCGGCGCAGCAGACGAGGUCGACGAGUCUGCAGACGGCGGUGAGCUGUCCGGUGCGGAGGAGGAUGGCGACUUCGACUCCGACGACUCCGAGGACGACGACGACGACGACGACGACAUCUCCACGCUUGGCCAGCGGCACGCCGGCACGUCGUACAGCACGACGACGAAGCGGCGGCACAGCCGGCCGGGGCACGGCCGGCGCCGGCACCGCCGGCACCGCAAGCUGCCGCGGCACACGUCGCCGGCGUCGCCGAGCCGCGCCAACGGCUACCUCAGCAUGCUGGGCUACUCGCAGUGGGUGCUCGACGUCGAGGCGGCCAAUGCCGCGCACGAGGCGGCACGCCUGCGUGACGAGGAGGCGGCGGCGGCGGAGAACAGCAUGCUCUCGCGCGCGCUGGCGUGGCUCAGCGGCGGUGCUGCGGCGUCCAAGGCGCCGCCGAAGGAGCAGAGCCUCGAGUUCUUCCUCGAGUAUGCCACGUACGAGCCCGAGACGCUGUGGCGCGAGUUCCUGGCGCCGCCGCCGCCUUCGUCCGGCGAGGAGUCGCAGCGGGCAAGCGACUCACACGUGCCCGUGCCGCGCGCCAUGCUCGAGCGCGAGCUGCGGCGCCUGCAUGCCAAGGCGCCGGUGUACGCCGAGGCCUCAGCGCGCGCGACGCGCGCCCACGGGCGGCGCGUGCGCAUGCAGCGGCGCCUCAAGCACCUCAGCGAGUACGCGCUGCCCGCCGCCACCGUGCCGCACAUGCUGCACCUCGCGCGGCGCCUCGCCGUCAGCAAGGGCCUGUGGCGGCGCUACGCGGCGCGCAUCUACGAGUCGUCGGGCUUCGACGAUGAGGACUAG